CAGACGACAUCAUAAUCUCAGUGCUAGACUGCAGGAUCACACGUGUUAAUUACGGAAGAAGAAGAAAAUAGAAAUAAUUCAGUGCGAAAUUCGGUCAAUCGUGCCUAUCACCUUGAAUGGAUUAAUUAGUUGAAGACAAUCCCCAGAAAUUCGAGUGAAAAACUUCAAAGAUGCCUAAAGGAAAAGCCAAAAAAUUCAUCGACAAGAAGAACUCCGUGACAUUCCACCUGGUGCAUCGUUCCCAGCAAGACCCUCUGGCAGCUGAUGAGACAGCUCCCCAGCGUGUUCUUGUUCCAGUGGACGCACCUCAGUCCUCGAAGCCCGACAAGAAAACCGGAGAUCCUCGGAAAAGAAAAGAGGAGCAGGAGAAGUAUGGUAUCUUCUUCGAUGACGAUUACGACUACCUCCAACACUUGAAGGACGUCAGCAAACUCCCAGUGGAGUGGUCCCUGGUGGAGAACCCGAAUGACAAGAAGAAUGUCGAUAAGAAGAUCAAUCUCCCCUCCUCGGUCUUCGCAUCUGAAGUCGAAGAAAAAGUUGGACUUCUCAACAAGGCAGCCCCUAUAUCAGGACCGAGAAUCGACCUUGAUCCUGAUAUUGUAGCGGCUAUGGACGAUGACUUCGAUUACGAUGACCCUGAGAAUCAGCUCGAGGAUGACUUUUUCCAGCUGGCUAAUGGAGAAGGAGAGGAGGUGGAGUUCGAUGAGGGUGAGGAGGACGAAUAUGAGUCUGAUGUGUCGUCGGGGCACAUGGCGAUCUCCGAUGAGGAGAGGGACGAAGUUGGAAGUCUUCAUGGGUCUCAGUUCUCCUUCAAGGACGAGGAGACUAAGUCGAGGUUCACAGAGUACUCGAUGUCCAGUUCUGUCAUGAGGAGAAAUGAGCAGCUGACAUUGUUGGAUGAUAAGUUCGAGAGAAUGUUUGCUGCUUAUGACGAGGUGGAGAUUGGAGCUUUGGAUUGUGAGGAAAUCGAAGGAUACGUGGCUCCUGAUUCAGAGAUUGUGAUACAAUGUGCUGAAGAGUUUGAGAGACAGCAAAAAGAGUCCACGGAAAAUGUCACCCAGCUUAUGAAGGAUCGAUUGAAAAUUCUUGAGUACAAUGAGUCGAGUUCUGAGGGGGAGGAGGGCCUGGAAAGGCUCGCGGUGGAGCCCAGGGAAAAGGAGAAAUGGGAUUGCGAGAGUGUGCUGAGCACUUACAGUAAUAUUUAUAAUCAUCCGAAGUUGAUUGUGGAACCAAAGGGCCUCGGAAAAAUAAAAUUGCAUAGUAAAACAGGAAUUCCGAAGGACGUUCUGGGUCAACAAUCAGGAAAACUAACAACGAAGAGUCUGGCCCAGUGGGAUCGACAGAACGAUUUAACGUAUGGAAAAGCCGUUGGCCCUCCCUCCAUUGUUGAGACCAUGAAGUCCACCCUGAGUUUGCUAAGUACUAGACCCAAGGAUGAAACCCCGGAAUGCAGGAGAGAACGUAAAAAGGUCAUUAAAGAAUACAGAAAGGAACGAAGGCUAGAACGCAAAGCGAAUACGGAAGCUUUCAAGGAGGAGAAAAAGAGACAGGAAAAGAUUAUGCUCAAUAAUCAACAGAAUGUCCAGGGUAACCGUAUCUUAUAAGAAGAACAAUCUACAAUUAAUUUAUAAUUUCAAAUUUUAUGAAUAAAAAAAAUAUCAAAAAAAGCUCAUACACU